UCGUAAUAACGAAAACUAAUAUAAAUCUACGGUAUAAAGCUUUUAAGGGAGAUUUAAUAUAUAGAAAUGCAUAUUUCGGGAGUGGAUCUGAGAGGAUGUCAAUUUCCUCAACAGCAGUUAACAACCGAGGAGGAAGCCAGAUUUUUAGCACUACGCCUAAAUGUAGUGAAAAAGUAUAAGAUAAUUGCUAUGGCGAUGACAGCUGGUGCUGUACUGUUAAUUAUUGCUGGUAUAGUUAUAGUUUCUAAGAGCACAGGAGGUGGCUUCCCCUUAACAGCUGGAUCUCCUAUUUGGGCCGGAUCAUUGAUCUUGAUAGGAGCUAUCUUUGGACUUGCACUUGGAUCAAGUAAUUCAGACUGGAAAACAGAAAGUGACAAAACAAAACAACGAUGUCUUGUUGUCGUGUUUUAUGUUUUUGCUGUAACAUCUUUCUCAUUUAUGGGAUUGUGUAUUGGAUAUUCAGCAUGGUCAAUGGCAGAAUGUGCUAGUAGGAACGAAAAGAAUACUGCAUGUAGUACAAGUUUUGACCUACAAGUGGGAAUGAAUGCUGUUGCAAUUGUAACAGCAAUUGGUCUUUUCAUUUGUUGCCUCACCGUGUGUGUCAUGUUUUGUUACUAUAGAAAAGCUUUUCUGUUCCAGUCAAGACAGGAAAGAGUGGCUCAAAUGCAGCUAAUAUUACAACAACAACAACAUCAAAUUGCAAUGUUAAGCCAAUCACAACAGCAACCGUAUUAUCCCAAUAUACAAGGAACGCAGUUCUCAAAUACCGGAACAGGAUAUGGAACAACUUUUUCACAUUCGCCGCCGUCUUAUUCAGAGGCAUUAUACGGUGAAAACAAGCGAUAAAUGGACAGUAUUAUAUCUGUUUUAUAGUGAUGUGUUAAAAGUCUCGUAAACAUUUACAUUAGAAUGUAUUUCCUUACUCGUUAUAAUGUUAUUUAGUUUAUAGAAUUAUUGUGUAUAACGCAUGCGUGAGUAUCUAAAAGAAAUCAUUGAUUCCAGAUUCCGUUAGCAUCAAGUAUAUAUAGUACAACAACAACAACACCACCAACGUGCCAAAGCUAUAUUGCUAGUCAAGGUCGUAAAAAAAUAAUUAACAACAUCAAAAACAAUACAUACUUCCAAACACAUAAGGAAUGUAGUUUCCAUAUAUUAGACCCAGGACUGGAACUAUUUUUUUGAUAAAAUUCUGGUGUAUUAAAUACUUUAUCAGAAAGUGCCGACUCGAUGUUCGCCGUCUGUCAAAUGGUCUUAGAAAUAAAGAAUAGUUUCAUCGAGGAAGGUUAUAUUCAUUGUAUAUUUGUAUUGGUAAAAUAAUUAUAAAAAAAACCAGUUGUUAGUUUAUAGUCGAAAAGACUCUUGAAUAUUUUCUGUUUCUUAUUAUCAAUUUUGUAAUAAUAUUAUAAUGUCAUCCUAUCGGUAGGUUUAUAAUGAGUAACUUAAAGAAGUUUUGGUCCUGAAUGCUUUCGUACUUCGUACUUAAUUUUACCUUUACUGAUUCGAGCGUCACUGGUGAGUGUUUUUCGACAUUUAAUUAUAAACCUGAUAUCUCUAAUUUUUAGUUUUUUUGGUAUCAGCUGAAUAUGAUCACAUUGCUUGGUUGACGUCUACAUUGGAAUAUUGGGAUGUGCUGCUGAUCACGCUAUAUUGACACAGAUAGCCCAUUCCGAAAGAGAGUUUUUUUUUAGAGAAAAAAAACGAAAAGUAAUUUCUGUUUCAGAAACGUAUUUUAUUUACGAAUCUAUUUAUAAGUUUAUGCUGAAGCAUAUUAUCACACUUGGGUACGUCAGUGAAGUUGUUUUCAAUUUGGUGUUAUGUUUAAAUGGGAUAUGUCACAUAUUUUGAUAAGAUAUACAAUUUCGGCUCGUUGAACUAUUAUAUAUAACUGUAAAUUGAAAACAUAAUGCAUUUAUCUCUUUUAUUGUCUGAAAUAGUUUCGAAUAAAUUCUUUAAACAACAGGAUAUUAUUUGU